CGAAUUAACGAUAGGAUGACGAUGACGUGGAGUUUAGCGGGUGACGCAACGACAGCGAUCGAGUCUGGGUCAGUUGAUGUACUAAGAAGACAAAUUAUGGUGGCAGAGUUUGUCGCCCGUCAGAAUGGUUCGCCGAUCAACGGUGAGACGGCUUGUCUGAAUCUGAACAUGCCCGGUGGUCACGGUAUGGCGCACGCCGGGCACGGCGGACCGCACGGCGGUCACCACGGUCAACCGAUGCCGCCGUUGAGUCACCCCGCGCAUCCCGGUCACCCGGGUCACCACGGACCCCCCACAACGCCCCAGCACUCGCACAGCGACACGGAGAGCCAGGGCGGUCACCCGGACAAUUACGGUCCCAAUUUCGACCUCAGGAAGGAACUGUUCUCCCAGAGGAAACAGCGGGAGUUCAUACCGGACAACAAGAAGGACGACAGCUACUGGGACCGUCGCAGGCGGAACAACGAGGCGGCCAAAAGGUCGCGGGAGAAGCGCCGUUUCAACGACAUGGUACUGGAACAGCGAGUGAUGGAGCUGAGCAAGGAGAAUCACAUACUCAAGGCACAGUUGGAGGCCAUACGCGACAAGUACGGCAUAUGCGGCGAGAGCGAGAUAAGUUCGGAGCACGUGCUGGCCGCCUUGCCGACGGAGGCGCCGUUGGUAAAGAGGCCCAAGUUACCGCAGGCCGCCGCGAUCCUGUACGCGAGAUCGCCGAGCCCGGUACCGACGUCCGUCAUUCACCAGCCGGUCAGCGGCGCCAGGUCGCCGAGAUCGCCCGCCCAGUUGUACGUACCGGAGACGACCGCCUAUCCGGAAACCGACAGUUUUCAAUACGCCUACACGCAUCCGGCGAUGCACUUCGACACCACGAGUGCCCUGAACCUAUCGAGAGGCAGGAGAACCCAGUCGCCCUUCGAACUGUCGUCGGGAAGCGGCGACGAGGGCGGACCCCAGGUGAGCGCCGCCCAGACAACGGUGAACAACAGUCUGCCCCACAAGUUGAGACACAAGUCCCGUAUCGGGGACAAGGACGCGGCUAGCGCUCUCCUGGCUCUGCAGGGAAUAAAGCAGGAACCGGGACCGAGGGCCUCGCCGCCCUGGGACAACGAGGGUUCGAGCGACGAGAGGGACUCCGGGAUAUCGUUGGGCGCCGAAUGGACGGGUCCCGGUAGUCUGGCGCCCGUGCCCGAAAGCGAACACGAGGUCAAGUCGAGGCUGGAUCGUCUUGCGUCGGAAGUAGCUUCCCUCCAGUCGAUACUGCGCCUGGGCAAACCCGGCGACGGUCAACAACAAACGCAGCAGCAGCAACAGCAACAGCAGCAGUCGACGCAACAGCAGCAGCAGCAGCUACCUCAGCAGCAGGUGGUAACGCAGAUCGCUACCAGUGCGGCGCAGUGAAGGGAGAUAAUGUAAACCGAAUCCGGCCGCACGGUUGGAAUUGAUAUGGUUUUUAUUUCCUCGCCAUCGAAGCACGCGCACGCCCCUCCCCCCCCGCCCCCCGAUGAACGGACUGAAAUUAACGUCACCUCGAACACCGCCGAGGUGAACGAUAUGUAUUUUGUAUCGCGAGAGCUUUCUCACCGUUGUUUCGUUGUUUCUAAUCAUUUAUCAUUGUUUAUUACACUAAACGAUUAUCGUAUUGUAUGUAUAUUGGAUAUAUUCUCGAAUCCUUGUCGAAGGGGAACGAGAAGAUCGAAGAGAUGGAAGAAAAUUAAAGUAUAAAAAUUAACAAAUAAAUCGAACAACGAACAACAACGCGGAGAAUAUUCGGUUAGGAAGGCGGCUGCGAAAUCUUUGCUAUCCAUUUGUCGCUGCGGCACAAGAAAAAAAAAAAAAAAAACAAAGAAAAACACUAUGAUAAAAUACAAGAAAUAAGUUGUUUCUCGUGGAACGAAACUCGUCGUCUUCUCAAAUCAUAACCUAUGAUACGAAAUAAUAAGUAGAUACUACACGAUGAUUGAAUUCGAGUAUCUUCGUCGUAUGAAAAAAAAAAAAAAAAGAUAACAUUUCUACACAACAUUUUUAAUACUACCAACUAUUCUACCUAAUAUCGUUGCACAUAAUAAAAUUUUACACAUAUCUCCAUAUAGGUAUAUAUAUAUAUAUAUAUAUAUAUACAUAUGUAUAUGUGUGUAUAUAUAUAAUCACCUGCUGCUGAAAUAAUAUUAUUAAUUCUUUAAUAUUAUUAUUAUAUAAAAAAAAAAAAAAAAAUGAGAAUAUAUAUAGAGCUAUACGAAUUUUCUUAUCGACUAAACGUUAACGGUAACGAUAAUAAUCAUAAUGAUGAUAACAAUAAUGAUGAUGAUAAUAACACUAAUAAUCUUGAUAGUAAUAAUAGUGAUGAUUUAUGGAUACUAUUCGCUUAUUACCAAUACAUAUAUAGUCCUAUGUGGCUGCAUAAAAUUACUAUUACCACUAUAACCGCAUACCUAAUCGCUACUAUACAUAUGAAUAUGAAGAAAAAUCAAGAUUAACUGGUUUGAAAAGCAACGAAAAAUUGCUAAUGUUUUUCCCAACAAUUUACGACACGACUAUUGCACCACCGAUGUUGUAUGCAUUAGUUUUUUUUCGCUCUAAUAACUAGUUACAUUCUCCACAACCGCCGUUAACCAUCACUGCCACGAUAUAUCCCUAAGAAAACCAAUGAUUAUUAUCAGGUAAUCAGUAAUCGAUAAAUCAAAAAAAACAAUAUAUAUAUAUAUAUAUAAAAAACAAUAAAAAAGAGAACGAAUAAAUUAAUUAACGAUAUAACUAACGAUGAACGGUAAUUCUAAAUUCUUAAAAAAAAAUACUUACUUCACACACAUGCUUCGUUCAGUUUCAUUCUAAUGACAUUUUUAAUUUUAUCUCGAAGUCUUUCGUUUUCGGUCUGAUUUUACGUCUAGCGUUACGUCACUUAGUUCUUGCUAUUAUUAUUAUUGUUGUUGUUGUUGUUGUUGUUUUUGUUGUUGUUGUUGUUGUUGUUAUUAUUGUUGCUGUUGUUGUGUAGUAGUGUUACUGUAUAGUAAAUUUGUGAAAUUGAACUUAUGAUCAUUAUUAUUGCUACUAUCAUGGUGAAAUAGAAGAUCUUCCGUCGAAUCGUUGAUAAAAUUUAUUGUUCGUCGCUAACAAUCGAUCGAUCUGUUACCGAUUCGUCACUGUUCGCAUUGUCUUUGUAAUUAUCAUUACCAUUAAUUACCACGCUAACGCUAAUAUUUGAUUCGUUACUGCGCCCGACUACCGAAAUCAUUGACCACCACACCGUCGCUCGUGUGAACAUCGUAAUUGAAGAUCUUCAAUUUCGACGACCGAAACUCGUAUGUACUGCGUACAAACACUAAACAUAUAUAAAUAUAUCAUACAUUAUGUGUAUAGCUAUAAAUAUGUACAUGUAUCAAUCAUAUUUCGUCUCAUAUACACGCUCUAUUUUUCAAAGAAUGGGAAAAAUUAAAGAGAAACUAUAAUAGCCGUAUCGUAGCCGUAACUUAUACAUCCACUAUGUACACUUGGCGAGGUGAUGAGAGAAACAGUUGGGCGUAAGUCCGCGAGAAUUCGGAUCGGUAACGCAGGCGCCCAAUAUUUUCAUUACCUACGUGUUUGUUCUAUGCAAUUGUUUGCAUUGUUCAUUUGUUUAUUGUACGUGAACUGAUUUGUCGAGCAUCUGCGAUACCGAUCGGAAUUCUCACCUAGUUACGGUCAACUGAUUCACUUGUGCGUUGGUGUCGCAAGUGUGUGCCUUUUUUGACUUUUCGAAUUCAAAUUUCGGGAGACGGUAAAAAAUCGCGAACGGAAAAAAAGUGGUCGAUUAUUCGAUGGGAACUAUUUUAUACAUCAUUCGUGUAUACACGCGAAUGUUAAGAGAAAGGAAGGAGGAAAUGAAAAGGAAAGAAAUAUUUGAAAAAAGAGAAAACAAAAAAAACUAUUUGAUUAACGAAAAUAAGCAACAUAUUCUGAGAUCAUCUAACUAAUAAUUAAAAACUAGGAGAGAUUUGAGAGACGUGAAGUGUAUUCGAAUUUAGUACCGCUAUAAUUUUAAUGGGUCGUCGAUAUAUAAAUAAUAUGAUAUCGUACUAUGCACUACGACUUUGUGUGAAAAAAACAAAUAUUUACGAAUAACGAUAUUUAUAAAUUGUGUAAAAAAAAUAUUUUCUCAUGAACUCGAAAACUCUUUUUCAUUCACACGAUGAUAAAUUCUAUUUUAUAUUAUUAUACGAUCCAUAAAAUAAUCGCGCGUACGUUAAAAUAAUAGGAUAUACACAGUGUAAUAUUUAAACAAAACGUGAAAGAUUUAAAAAGAAAAUUAAGUCUAUUAUACCUAUUUACCAAUAGUAAUAAUGUGGCGACUGUAAUAAUAAUAAUAUCUAUAACAGUAAUAACUAUAGAAAAAAAAACCAAUUUACAUUAUUGAACAUAUUGCGUAGAUGAUAUUAUUAUUGUUAUUUUAUUAUUAUUAUUCCUGCUACCAUUAUUACUAUAUUAUUAUUACAUAUAUAUUAUCGAUAAUAAGCACUACUAAUAUAACGUAACCCAGAAAUUAUUUAUUAUAUUAACCGUCUAUUGCGAAUAAUAUUCAUUAUUAUUGUUAUUAUUAUUAUUAUUAUUAUUAUUAUUACGAUCGAUACUAUUAUUUAAAGAAAAACUAAAAUGAAUGAAUCAAUAAAUAAACUCACCAUACACAUAUACUAUAAUAUUUUCUAUUAUUGAAUCGAUAUAGUUGUAAUAAUUAAACCGUUAUCGGUAAUAAGAUAAGAAAGAAUUUCAGUAAUUAGUGUUACUACAUGCUAAUGAACCGGUAAUCUAUGUUACUAUUGAUUAUCAUUAAUAUCAUUAUUGUUUGGUUAAGAAAAAGUAAAGAAAAGAACGAUAAAAAAAGAAAAUAACGUAUAGUUCGCAUAUAUUACUUGGAUGUGAUAUUUAUUGUAUACUACUAUGUAGGUACGGCAAUUAAAUAAUGAUGAUAAUAAUAAUAAUAAUAGUAAUGAAGAUGACGAUGAUGAUAAUGAUAAUGAUAAUAAUGAUAGUAAUGAAGAUGAUGAU